GGGCGGGCGGGCGGGCGGGCGGGGCAGCGCGAGACAACAUGGUUUAUUUGGACAAAACUCACGCGGAUAAAGAGAGGUUUAUUUGUAUAUAUCCAGCAUAUAUAAACAACAAGAAGACCCUCUCAGAUGGCAGGAGAAUACCAGUAGAAAAGGCUGUUGAAAACCCAACAUUUGGAGAGAUUCGAGAUGUUUGCACAGCAGCAGGACUAAAUGUGGUUGUCGAGAAUAAACUAUACCCACGAGAAUGGAACAGAGAUGUUCAGUUCAGAGGCAGAAUACGUAUUCAACUAAAAAAUGAAGAUGGAACCUUAUGUUUUGAACAGUUUCCUACACGUAAGGCAGUGAUGUUGUACGUAGCAGAGAUGAUUCCCAAGCUGAAGACCAGGACCCAGAAAUCUGGAGGAGGGGAUCAGAACACACAACCAGGAGAAGGUGGCAAAAAGAGCAAGAAGAAGAAGAAAUAAUUCUGUGGGUAAUGUUGCUGAUGUCAAACUAUUUAUUCUGAUAAAAGCACUGUUGGCAAUGUUGGUUUUAUAAUUGUAUUCCUUCAACUAAAUAGCUUGGGGAGAAUUUGUAACAGUGCAAUUGGUUUAAAUCAGUUCAGGAAAUCAGUUUACUUGUCUUGGCACGGUCACCAUUUCAGUCAUGUUCUUGUAAUUACACAAGUUUUUGAGUUGGUGUCAUUUAACAAAUACCUGAUUACUGUUCACAUUCUGUAUCUGGUAUUGGCUGAAAUAAAACAGUUUCUGUGGGAAGACUGUGAAGACUAAUAUGGUAUUUCUUGAUGGGGUUCCUUAUCCGAAUUUUGCAACUUCUUUUCAGGAAAAGGAGUAAGUCAAACCAACCCUUUCACAGUUUGCUGGGAAUUCUAAUGGAAUCCAAAUUUGACCUUUUACUUUAACUGAAUGUAACAGUUAAAAUAUGAAUAAUUGCAGACAAUAUUAAAGCUAUAAGGUGAUAGAAUAUCGGAUGUAAAUAAAGUCUUAAGCAUUCUAAA